UAUUCUCAGAGGUCUCACAACCCUAAUAACUAUGGAAUACUGGAAUAGUUUAAGUUGUCUUCUUUCCCUUACUGCUAUUCUGGGUUUAUGAUUUUCAGAUAUUUUUAAUGGUUUAAUUGCCUUUUAGUUUGUGGAUAGGGUCAGCAUUUCUCAACUGUUCAAUUCUUGAUUUCUUGAUUUGUGAGGCAAGUCACCAUCAUCGCUCUCCUUUCUUUGGUGCGUUUUGUGAUACUUAUUGGAACAGGAAAGUCUAUAGUAAUUGAGAGAAGGCUUGAUGACGGUGACUGAAUCAAGUAGCUCUGUGUGGAGUAGAGAGCUAGAUAAGGCAUUUGAGAAUGCCUUGGCAACUUACCCUGAAGAUUUGUCAGAUAGAUGGGAGAAGAUUGCGGCAGAUGUUCCGGGAAAGUCCUUGAAAGAGGUUAAGCUUCACUAUGAACUUUUAAUGGAUGAUGUUAGCCGGAUUGAGUCUGGCUGUGUUCCUCUGCCUUACUACGAUUCCUCUUCGGAUAGUUUGACAAGCCAUGAUGACAAGAAGGGUGGCAAUUCUGGGCAGGGGAACAAUGAUUCACAUCAUGGAAAGUCUACAAGAUCGGAUCAGGAGCGACGCAAAGGGAUUGCUUGGACUGAAGAGGAACACAGGUUGUUCCUUCUUGGUUUGGAUAAAUAUGGGAAAGGUGAUUGGAGGAGUAUCUCCCGGAACUUUGUUGUGACGAGAACUCCUACGCAAGUUGCGAGCCAUGCCCAAAAGUACUUUAUCCGUUUAAACUCAAUGAACAAGGAUAGGAGACGGUCCAGCAUUCAUGACAUAACUAGCGUCAACAGUGGAGACGUUUCGUCGCCACAGGGACCAAUUACGGGCCAAACUAAUGGCACCACUGCAGGGAGCUCUUCUGGGAAAUCGAACAAACAACCUGCUGCUCAUCCCGGUGUUGGUGUAUAUGGGCCGACAACCAUCGGACAACCUGUGGGGGGCCCACUCGUUUCUGCAGUUGGCACGCCUGUGAAUCUUCCACCUCCAGCUCACAUGGCUUAUGGCGUUCGACCUCCCAUUCCUGGACAGGCGCUUCCCGGAGUUCCUGGUACCUAUCCUAUGCCUCAUAGGUAAACUAUUGUUUAAACAUGAAAAUAUAAUGUACAAAGAACACAAGUAUAGAGCUAGCUAGCUUUUGCUUAUUUGGGUAUAUCUGUCUGUUCUCAUCAACUUGAGCCAGAAUAGGAUGUUACAGUCACAGAAACGUCUGUUGUGCGCACUGGUAAUUUGGCCCUAUCUGUUGAGCCACUGAGUUACUGUGAUUUACAUUCUCUCAAAUGUUCUGUCGGGCUAUGGUGUUGGGGGCCAUUGAGGUUGGGGAUUCAACCUUUUUGGGGUAAGAAAGACUAGCUGCUCGUAUACCAUUUAUCUUUUGAUAUAUUAAUAAAUUGCUAGGAAAGAUUGUAUAGGUAGUAGUAGUGAUCGAUGAUUCUGACAUUUGUGGUCUUAUUUUAGGAGGAAAUUUCUAAUCUUUUAGGCAUCUUCAUAAAGGUUACUAGUUCUAAAGGUGGCAAAGAUGAAAUAGAGCUAUUCUGUUUAAGUUGUAAAGAACAUUUUAAUCUCUUCGUUCAAAGUAUCUCGGAGGUCCCUGUAAAUAGAUCAUCGUCCUAUUUGUCAA